AUGAAGCGAAAGAAAGGACUUGCAAGAAGAGCCAAGAAUAAAUCCAUUCUGUCUAAGAAUAAAAGGAGUAGCAUGAAGUCACUUAAGAAGUUAAACAAGGAAGCUAAGGAGGCAACCUCUCCUGUUGGUGUCUUAUCUGAAGCAAAAGAAGUUAGGUGAGACAUUAAGAAAGGUCCAGAAUUGGGUCAAUUGGGCUUUGUUCGCAUAAAUAAACCCAUAUUUGACAAAAGCACAGUUCAUGCCAGCUCAAGCAAGAAGCAGAGGGCUGUAUUAAGGAGAAAGCAGUCUUCUGAAAAUAUCCAACCUCAACAACAGUUUGUUGAAACUCGUAGUUCAAUGUAUAACAAUUUUGGUGAUCCCUAUGGCGACCAGGAUUAUUAUCAUACAAUCAAAGGUGAUUUUAGGAAACAAAUAAUAAGGGAAAAGAACCAAAAUAUUGAUAUGUUGUUAACCCAGCAGAUACCUAAGAGCAAGUUGCUCAGGAGGAUGUCUGAUACUAAAAAUAUGGAGAACCAUUUUGACCAGUCUACCCCAAGGUUCAAACAGCAAGAUUACCAAGAGGAGAAUCUUGAAGAUGUUCCUACUGAGAAGAAACAAUUGCCUAAGUUGUACCAUUAUUCUGAUAUCAGAAACCGUACCUUCUGAGUUAAGUUUCUUGAGAAGAAGGACUUACAGGUUUCCUCAGCACUCAUUGAUAUCAAAUCAGAUCUCUCGACUGAGAAACUGGUUAGCAAAGUGAACAAAGAACGAAACAAGAUUUUAGAUGAGAUUAGCUAUGAUGAAGAAGUUGUUGAAGAUGCCAAAACAGUGCAGACUUCAUCCGAUUCAGACGUCUAUAAACCUAAGAAAGACCAUGAAACCUGGUCUCAGAUAUUAGAGAAGGUUUCAAGGAAGUUAUCACAAUAUAGCUUCGAGCCUGGCUCACAGAUUGACCUUGAUGGUUGGGAAGAAGGAGAUUGUGAAGGUAUAAGACUCAACGAUAUUGUUCCAGGUUCCCUUCAAUAAAAAUUAGCACAAGUAAUUCAAUUUUUG